AUGACAUUCCCACUUCUUGAUCUGCCUGAUGAUAUCAUUUCCUUCCACCUAGUGGACUGUCUCGAUUCCAAGGACAUAAUCAACCUUUUUCUCACGUGCAAGCAACUAUAUCAGAUCCUCAACAGUCCUGUCGUUUGGCACAGCCUCUACAUCAAGACAUUCUCUGAUCUAGGUACAGAUGACUACUCCUUUGAUUCUUUUUACAGAUGGGGACCCAGAGUUUAUAAACUACGUGCCAAUUCCCGAUUGCUUACGUUUGGAUCCAACGUUUUUGCGAGAUUGGGCGAACAGAUUGGUCCUGUCUCUUCGUACAGCGGUCACUACGAACGAGUGGGACUCCAGAAACGGAUAUUUAAGCCAAUUACAAUCGACAGCAUUCGAAAUAUUGCGGAUAUUUCUGCAGGUGGUUUCUCCUUCCAGAUAUUAACCACAAAUGGUGAGUUGUACUAUACUGGUCACAUGUGGCAUGGUGGCAUGCGGCUGGACUGCCCAGGACCCGAGUCACGUGAUGAUGCGAUACCUCUAUCUAAUGUUCAUAACCGGGGCAGUUCUGCUAUUUCUAGAGUGGAGACUGACCAAUCAAAUCAAGGCCAAACACACUUCAUUUCGGUCAGCUCAGGUAGGGGUCAUUUCAUAGCACUUGAUAAGUCUGGAAUCAUAUGGACUUGGGAUUCUAGUUUCCAGUCGAAUCAGGGAGUCCCGUUACGAUUGAUUAGAAAUGGCUCUGUAGGUGCAAAUGCUGUGAUUAAUCGGCGGAUCACUAAGAUUCGUGCGGGUUGGACUCUCAGCUCGUGUUUGAUUGAUGGUGUUGGCAUCGUAAUUUGGUCUCGCAGACAGAAUUGUACCCAAUGGAAAAAUGGUCGUCCUGUUAAUAGUGACGGUGAAUAUCCCGCUGCCUUCGUAAGCAUUGUCCCCAAAACUGCUGACGGUAACAUAGCAGAUUACGUUGUUUUACAAGAUGUUUUAAUCUACAUGACUCAAAAAGGACGUCUUUUCAAAGUGGACAAUAUUACCGAGACCCUUCCUGGCCAUACUAAUCCUGGAACUCGUCUAAAUCGUUUCGAAAGCUACAUCAAAGCUCACGGGUCGUCUAAAUUUGUACGGUUAAGUGGCUCCUUUAGAACUUUCACUGUUAUUUCCAACAAUGAUAACGUCCUUAUUGGUAAAAGUUCUUGUGACCAUUAUAAUACCCCCCAAAUUGUCCAUGAGCUUCAGCAUAAAUCGAUUUCCACCAUAUCUGCAGGUGAUUAUCAUUUCCUCGCUCUCAGUAGAGCGGGUAAAUUGUAUACUUGGGGAAGAGAGUCAAGGUUCAAUGGCUGUCUUGGCCUAGGAAAAGUAUCCGAUAUAGUAAACGCUCGUAUAGGCCAUAUCGACCAGCAAGAUCUUAUAGUGGACAAGCCUACGUUGAAUAAUAUCGACGGAACAGUUCUUGCUGUGGCUGCUGCUGGCUGGCAAUCUGCAAUUUUGGUGGGAAAGGAUUACUGA